AUAAAUGAAAUUAGUUGGGACGAAAAUCCCAGACAUAAGUUUAUGAAAUCAGAUGGCAGUUUCAUCAGCUUUGCUGAGCACUGCAAAGAGCGUUAUAAACAAGCUAUCACGGACUUCGAACAGCCAAUGCUGGUGAGCUUUGGAAAAUGGAAAAAGGGGAAAGAGAAAACACAAUGUGAACGUAUAAAGCUCAUCCCUCAGCUGUGCACCCUCACAGGUAUAGCCGAACGGGUGCGCAGAAACCACCUUGUGAUGCAGAACCUCUCCGCAUACACACGUUUGAGUCCACAGACUAGGUGGAAUAAAGUAAGAAACUUCAUUUCUGAUCUAAGCAGAUAUCGGUGUGUGCAAGAGGAGUUUAAAACGUGGGAUAUGGAAUUUGAUUACAAUUUAUUGAAAGUCCCGGCAAGAAUUCUGGAGGAUACCAAAAUCUUCCGAGGCAAAGCAUGGUGUGAAGCUAAAAGAAAACAUGCAGAAUGGUCGAAAAGCGUAACAUUACUUAGUGCGAAAAAAAUGAAGAAAUGGGCAAUAGUGUAUGCUGCAAGCUGUGAAUCUCUAGCCAAUUAUUUAUCUGCUAGACUAAUUAAUGUUGCAUCUCAAAUGGGUAUGACAGUAGAAAUACCACAAAUGGAAAACCUAAAUGAAAGGGACACCUAUCAGAGCAAGGUAAAAUCACUUGGCAAGACGGCACAAAUAGUGCUUUGCCUCCUUCCCAAUGAGGAGAAAGCUAGAUAUGAUAGCAUUAAAAAAUUACUGUGUGAGGAAAUACCAAUUUUAAGCCAAUGUGUGGUGGCACGGACCGUGGAUAAAGCUCAGACUACACCACCUAUUAUUUCAAAGAUUGUACAGCAGAUGAACUGCAAGCUGGGAGGAGCUCUUUGGAAGGUCGAUAUAGACCUAAAGAAAACAAUGUUCAUUGGAAUCGAUUGUUUCCAUGAUGUUGCACAUAAAGAUCAAUCAGUUGCAGGGUUUGUGGCAAGCAGCAAUGAAGAAUUAACACAGUGGUACUCUCAUACUAUCGAACAGUCUACAGCACAGGAGGUUGUGUUUGCGCUGGAAGGCUGCUUGCAAGAGGCUAUUGAACAGUGGAAGAAAAACGUCUCAUCAGAACCCAAGAACAUCAUUGUGUAUCGGGAUGGAGUGGGAGACGGCCAGCUUAAAAAUUUGCAGACCACAGAAAUACUAAAGCUGGAGAACUACUUAGAUGCGAAAUUCCCUUUCAAAAUUGGUCUCACUUUCAUCGUGGUGAAGAAACGAAUAAACACCCGAUUUUUUGCCCAGUCCAGAGAAUAUGUGAAUCCGACUCCUGGCACAGUUAUCGAUACAGAGUUGACCAGGCUGCAAUGGUAUGACUUUUACAUUGUGAGUCAGUCAGUGAGGGAAGGCACCGUCACCCCCACCCACUAUAAUGUCAUCCAUGACACAGUUCGCUUGCAACCAGACGUAGUGCAGCGGUUAACAUACCAGCUGUGCCACAUGUAUUACAAUGUGACUGACAUGAUUCGCGUUCCUGCUCCUUGCCACUAUGCCCACAAACUGGCUUACCUUGUGGGUAGGAGCCUUAAGAAGGAGCCAAGUAAGAAACUGUCCGAGUGUCUGUACUACCUUUGACCUCCAGGACUUUAAAGACGACUCCGUGUGGCUUUGGAAAC